AUGGUGGGAGUUCCUCGUUCCAAGGGCUGCAUCACAUGCCGGAAGCGGAGAAAGGGGUGCAAUCUCGAGAGGCCAACGUGUGGCCAGUGCAAGAGGGCUGGCUUGAUAUGCGAGGGCUACUCCGCCGAACGGGUCUUUGUCGUGAGCACACCGCGCAGUCGGCAGGCGGGUUACAGCGCAUCUUCUACCCCUUCUUCGGUUGGCUUUCCAUGGCAGCGGAUUAUCCAGCGCAACCAAGUGUCCAGCAACAUCACCAACCUCCGCCUGCUGGCACGGCCAGAGGAUGAGAGGAGGUGUAUCAACCAGUUCUGGGAGGCCUACUUCCCGUCAGGGCAGCCUAUCCCGAGCAGUGCUGCUAGGAGUUACACAUGCACCUGGACGGAAACGGCACGGAACUUUGAUCGGGGGGACGACUGCCUUCGAUACGCCUUGUGGGCUAACUGUCUUCUCGUAACCGGAAAACGCCACGGGUCCGUGUGGAUGCUCAGGGAGGGGUCGAGGGUCUAUGGGGAGGCACUCGCUAAUCUGAGAAAUUUGUUGACUGGGACACGGGGCCUGGGAAGGGGCACGCUGAUAGCAACUAUCAAGCUCCUGAGCAUGUUUGAGGCCUUCUCUACGCAAGAGAACGGCUCAAUGGCCGAUCGAGUCCAGAACUGGCAACGCCAUCAUGCCGGGGAACUUGCCUUAAUUGUCACUAGGACGCCCGCGGCACACAUUGAAGGUGAGGCACAUCACAUAUUUUCUGACGAAAGAGUUGAGAUGCGUUUGGUGUUGGGCGCUCCAGAAUGGAAAAGCAUCCCCUGGCAGAAAGUUCCCAAAGAUUUCAAGGACAUUCUUGUCGAUGUAUUGGUCGAUAUGCCUCAGCUUGUUGAGGAAUUCGACAAUAUGAGGCUCUGCAAUGACGCGGCCAAACGAACGGGUUUGCAAGUCGAGCUCGAACAAAAAUGCUGGGAGCACGACCAACAGCUUCUGGCUUGGCUCGCAUCCUCCGGUCAGUUGCUGGGACAGGGACAGACCUCCCUGCACGUACAGACCCGGUGCACCAUGCUCGAAAUCUCACGGCAUCCCUCGGCACGCUCCUCCAACCCAAAGCCGGGCUGUUCGGGCAACAAAGCGUAG